GCAGAGAUGUUUGGAUUCGUGCUCCAAGCAACGUAUUAGCAAACACUUGUCAGCAAGUGCGCGUGUGCAAAUCUCAAAGGUCGGGAGAGACUGGAAGUGACGUCAUGCAAUCUUGGAACGCAACUCUUAUCAACACCUCAUGUACGACACCUGGAGUUGCGAUUUGCAGGGCUCAGGCAAAAGCAUUCGAAGGUAAACAAGUUUCCGAAGUAAUAAUAACGGACGCUUCCGGUUCCAUAGAUCUGUUCUGCGUCGGCGGCAGUAACUAUAGCCACGGACAGCUUCUUGUUCACCAAUUCAGGGCUUCAUCUGGACACAGGAUCGUGUUCGAGUUUCAUAAUUACGACAUCGAGUGGCAGGAGGAUUGUCUCUACGACUUCCUUGAAACACGAGGCAUGGUUGCCGACCGCCGUCUGUGUGGCCUGUCCGCCGUCGGCACGGUAUUUGUUUCCGUUGGUAACAACGCAUCCGUAGUAUUCUCUGCUGACGACGACAAGUCGGCUUGUGGAUUCAAUUUAAGCUGGAACACUCUGAACGCAAAUUCGGCGCUUCCGCUACAGUAUACGACGGACACCAAUCAAACCGGCGUCGUUCAAACGCUUAACUUUCCUAAUGCGUUUCCCGACACAUUAGAGGGAUGCGUAGACAUAGAUACCAAAGACAAUUACCGAAUUAUUCUAGAAAUCACAAACAUUUCAUUUUCUAACGAUAUCCAUGGAAAGCACGUGCUGAAUAUCACUUCCGCUUCCGGUGGAUAUAUCAAGGCGUUUACAGCGGGCGCACGUUUUUCAGACUUAACGGAGUCCGAGCGUUUGUUUGUUGCUGACGACGGCGCCCGCCUAUGUGUACAUGCGGAGAGGCUUAGUGCGGGAGAAGGGUUCAGAGCGCAGUUUGAAAUGGUUCCGAAGAAUGAAACAAAUCUGAAAGUCAACAUUGCGUUACAACCGAAUGAGUGGCAGACGAUUUCGACCAUUUUAUAUCCGACGGAAGUGCCGACAGACUUGACGCAGACCACAGUUAUAAGCACCGCACUUGGAUAUAGUCUUAUAGUUUCACUUAAUAUACUCGCCGAUCCAGACGACCAGAGAUGCGUGAACGCCUCGUUACACGUGUUUGAUACGUCAAUCGACGCUUCUGGUGUCUCAUUGGCGACGUUCACGUGCAAAGUUGUGUUGGAAACGGGCGCAAAUGUCAAGUUUUCUUCAUUUCUCAACAGCCUCACUUUGGUGUUAUUCAGCGGAAACCAGGGGAAUAGCACGCCGCAUUUUCAUUACUAUGGAAACGUCACUACAGUUAAAGAUGACACAUACAUCGAGAAGACGAGAAACGUGUCUGGAACGCUUGACAGAUGCCCCACCUGUCAAAAUGGAGGAAACUGCACGGAAACCGGAAGUGAAAGGUUUCGGUGCGCGUGCUCAUCGCCAUUUACAGGUCUGUUCUGUCAGACGACUCACUGCGAACUGUCGCCUUGCCUAAACGGGACAUGUAGUCAUGACGACGCAGGAUUCACGUGCACGUGUUUCCCGGGCUACGGAGGCAAGCGUUGCCAAAUGGACCUUGCUGUAUGCGGCAGAAAGUUCUGUUCCGGUCGAGGACAGUGUAAUAUAUCCACAAACGAUACGAUCUCGUGUCUGUGUGCAAUAGAGUAUAAAGGCGAAACGUGCAUGGAGUUGGUGCAGUACGUGACUAGCAAGACGGAGGAGACGAUUGGUCAGAAGCUCCUAAAGGAGCCUAUCUGGAUUGGGCUGAUCGUAAUCAUAAACCUUAUCCUCUUCUUCGUCGUCGCUUGCAUCGUGCGCCGGAAGUGCGGUACCCGCAUCCUUGAGAUACUCCCCAGCUGGAAGUCUCCGGUGUCAUCGCCCAAAGUCGAGAACUCUUCUCCGAAUGCUACGGAACGGAGCGUGUCUGUUUCUAUGGAAACUUCCAGACACACCGGCACACCGCUGUCAGGGCGACCCUCCGUCAGCAUCAUCACUGCUCAUGUGCACAAUAUCAAUGACACUUCAAAUCAGACGACACCCGUUCUAGACGAAGGGAAUUGCCAUGCGGCGCUCAAACUCUUCGCUUCCUAUAAUUCACAGAAGGAGGAGAACGUGACUCCCGGGAUGGCGUCCAUUGAGGAUCCGGACGUCUCUAUGGCCGCCAUCAACGUGUGCGACCUCAACGCCUGCGGUAUAAAAGGGGGCUCGUUUUCCUUACCUCGCGAUUCUUCGUUUGGACUUAGACCUCAUGGGAUAAUGCGCUCGUUCACUGACGGCGCCGAUAUGCCUGAUCUUGAAACAAAAAGACAAACGUUUUUUACCGACGGGCACCGAGUGUCAUCUUUCGGAGGAAUGCCGACGAGGGGUUCUCCGUCGAACGCCGGCGGUUUUGAAAGCUCAACGAGUCCACAAAACGCAAAACUGAACGCGUACGGACAUUGCUACCCGGAAGUUAAGAUAAUAAAUGAACAUAAUGUUGAACAGCAAAUCAUCGGCGCAACAGCGAUUGAAAUUAAGGACUUUGGACCGUAUUUAACGUCGGAGGCUUCACCGGUAGACAGCGGGUAUCCGUCCACAGUGAAGAGAAGCUCAAAUCGUGGAUCGAUCGAAAGCCAGACUAGUCAACGGUCGCGGGCGUCGGCAUCAACGAAACGGAAGCUGUUCGGCGCUAAGAGCUCCUCUUUUUAUAACAUAGGAAGUCUGGAACGAUACCGGAUGCCGGAAGUUGACGAGGCCAGACAAUUGUCGGCUCCCGGAAGUAGCACCAAUACGCGGCUGAGCUGGGACAGAUGGGCGUCCGUUGAGUCUGAGAAUUGCAAAACGUGCAGAAAAUUGAAUUCGAUGUCCAAAAAUAAUGUCUCUUUUAAUUCUCAUCAAACCAGACGUCCAAAACUAAGACCGAGCCAUUAUUCUUACGACUGUCGCCGAAGGCAUAAAUAUAGACGCCAUAGAGCGAAUUUAUCCUGCAGCUGCUGUUUUGACAAACGACAUAGUGUGAAAUAUAAUCGAAGGAACUUCCCGUUAGCAACGGAUUCAUAUACAAGCCGUUCGCACAGUUGCGCGCGCACAAGUUCGAGCACUGAAAGCGAUUGCACGUAUGACCUCUAUCGCGGCGCUGUUUCCGACACGGAAAACAUUUGUCGUAGACAGUUCGUGACUUCAUCGCGUCGCAGCAGACAACAAUCCGAACGAUUGUUUGUAAAACCGCUAGACUAUAAAUCUAAAAUGAUGAACGCUUUUUUGGAUGACGUUUGCAACGAAAGUCAUUUCAGAGAGCGAUUAAAUUCGGACACAGCGUACAGCCGAUUUAGCCAUCCAAUGGAAGGAAUGUCGUCUUUAAAAUUAGGUACUAGUCAUAGGGAACAUUCCAAGCGUAAAUGUAUUGCUAAACCGCCUUCUACGAAGGCAACUAUGCAUUUCGGCGAUGAACUAUUGCCAGAAGCACCGGGAUCUUCUGUCGAUCAAAUGUACGGUAAAGCUAGAAACCAUGGUGACGGCAAAAAAGCCAGCGAUUCAGACGAGUCGAAGGCCAGUGCCGGUGGCGUGUCCGCCUACCAGACUCAGAUCAAGGACCGGGACUCCGCCUAUCAGACGAUCAAGGACCGAGACUCCGCCUACCAGACUCAGCAACAGUCACUGGACCGAUUUAAGGAGGACCGAAUAUUUCUGACUUCCGGUUCUUACCAGGAUAAGAGCAGCAAUGGCAACAUAGCAGAAGAACGCGUGAAGCAACACCUGUAUCAGGCGGCACUAAAAUUGGCAAUGAUCCAAAACAAACCGAACGCAUCCAAGGACAGUGCGGUUAUUGUGUCAGAAGACGAACUGUCCACGGAUGAUAGUGAACACACCUGUGCACAAAAAUCGGCUGUCGGUCGACGGACAAGCCUCGGUCUGAUGUUCCAGCUAGCGGAAAUGACGCUGUCACAAGUAAAGGAGGAGCUAUCCGGCGUCUCAAAGGACUCCGACAGCUAUCCGACACCCAACAACGAGCCUACUUCUUCACACAUGACGUCACUCAACCCCAGUGCAAAGACUUUUGACAGCCAUCUAACGGCAAACAACGAGUCUGCUUCUAUACAUAUGACGCAACUGAACCCCAGUGCAAAGACUUUUGAUAUAAUGUCAAUGGCGCUUGAAGAGACGCUAGUGUGACGUCAAAACAAACUUGCCAACGAACAUAUGACGUCAUUGAACCCCAAUGCAAAGACUGUAGACAUGACGCCUAUGGCGCUGGAAUAGAUCGUGCCUAAAUACGUUUUCUGGUCCUGAACCCCGAAGCAAACACUAUGGGCAUGACGUCCAUGGCGCUGAAUGAGACCUUUGUGUGACGUCACUUACUUUAGUUUUGUUAGAAAUAUUACACAAUUUAGUUCAUUUCAUGAAUGAACUAGCAAUCACUUCCAAUAAUUGAACGUGUCUUAGUCCUUGCAAAACACGAAGAAUGUAUGUUCUGAUGUUUAACGUUUAGUUCAAUGAGGAUUGUCAAGUCUAUGAGCGUUAUAAAUGUUUGUUAUCACCAAGGCCUUUUAAGGCUCAAAUAAUGUGAUUGAGUGCAACACAUGAAGAUUAGAAUUUCUUGAACAAUCCUAUCAGAUUUGCUGAAGUGAAGAAAAUUUCAAGAAAUUGAUUUCCCAAAAAGUAUAUCAUUGGUCAAUGCUUAAUUAGUUUUUAUGUUGAUGUUUGAAAUAACACAAUUAUUUAAUCACAUUACCAAUAUAACUAAAUGUACAAAGAUAUCCAUUUAAAUAAAAUGAAGAACGGAAAAAUAGUUUAAUCAUUUGUGAUUGCACUCAGUUUCAGUAACACAGUCGUCUCCCUUGCUGGAUAUCCAAUCACUUCUCGGGCUGUUAGCAAAUAUUUUACUGGGUCCGAGCAUAGUCGUUAAAGAGACGCGUUCACAGAGUGAAACAAUGACAAUUAAACAAGACAUGUAUUACACAGAUGUGUAUUCAUCAUAU